AUUACUGUACGCACCCAAUGACCACAACCCCACAAGUCCCCUCGAUCCAUUCCCCUUCCCCAGUCAAAUCCCCGCCCUCCAGUGUGCUGUGCCCCCGCCGGCGAGCCCAUGGAUCCUUCCCCCGCCCAGCGGCGGGAGGCGGAGCGGUCCAUGAGCAUCGCCGAGAAGCUCCUGAUGGCGCGCGACCUCGAGGGCUGCAAGCAGUUCGUCGCUGAGGCCCUCUCCGCCGACCCUCGCGCCCCGGGCGCCGACGACCUCUUCGCCGCCGCCGACGCCCUCCUCGCCGCCCAGCGCCGGCGCCUCCCGUCCGGGCCCCCCGACCCCUACGCCGUCCUUGGCCUCGACUCCGCCGUUCCAGGCUCCCGCGAUCCCGACGUCGUCCACUCCCACUAUCGCCGCCUCUCCCUCCUGCUCAACCGCUCCCACCCCGACCGCCCCUGUUCGCUCGCCUUCGCCGACGCCGCCCGCCUCGUCGCCGACGCCUGGGCCUUCCUGUCGGAUCCUCUUCGCAAAGCCUCCCUCGACUCCGACCUCGACGCGGCCGCUGCUGCUGCAACCGCCAAAGCCGCCGCCGCCGCCGCAGUAGCAUCUGCAGCUCGUGUACCCACCGUUCCCUUUCCAGAUAAGCUGCAUCAGCCGCCGCCGCCUCAACCAGCCUCGCCACCACCUGCUCCCCAGCCACGGCAGACCGUGUUGGCCACGCCACCGUCAAAGCGCGGCCGGCCGCCCCGCGCUGCCAAAACGCCGCCGGCGGUUGAACAGAACCAGGAGGGGGAGGCACCGCAGGCACCACAGUUCUGGACGGCUUGCCCCUCCUGCUGCCACCUACACCAGUACGACCGUUCCUACGAGUCACAAACGCUGCUCUGCCCCAGCUGUCGCCGGCCAUUCGCCGCCACGGCAAUCGCCACGCCGCCACCCAUCGUGCCAGGCACCGACAUGUACUACUGCUCAUGGGGGUUCUUCCCCAUGGGGUUCCCUGGUGGCCCUGCAUUCGCCAGACCAGUCAGUUCCCCGGGGCAGCAAGCCCCUUCUGCUCUAGGAUAUUAUCCAAUGGGGCCAUAUUUGCCAUUGCUGGGACAAGGUGGCAUUGUGGAAGGCAACACGGCAGUUGGUGCCAGCAGUCGCAUUCCCGUCACCCCCACCAUGACAGCGCCAGUGCCAGUCACCCCCACAGUAACAGCGCCAAUGCCGGUCACCCCUGCAGUAACUGCGCUGGCGCCGACGGUGGCAAAGCCAGUGAAUUCCUCACAUCAAAAGGUUGAAGCAAGGAAGCGAGGGCGGCCCAAAGGCAGCAAGAACAAGAAAGUGGUGAUUGAGAUCAAUUAGGGCUUUGAUUGUUGGUGCCCGCGAUGGCAUUCCCAUCACUCCCAUAGUUACAGCAUCAGCGCUGCAGCGACAAUGCCAAUGAAGUCCUCACAUGUAAAGAUUGGGGCAAGAAAGUGAGGACAGCCCAAAGGUGACAAGCCGGCAAGAACAAGAAAGUGGUUAUUGAGAUCAGGACUACUAUGAAGAUGGAAUGGCAAAUUGUGUACAUUGGCUGCGCCAUUCAGCAUCUGCAUCUGCUGUAAACUAAACAAUCUGUAUCUGUAGGAGAGUUUUCUUGUUCGCAGAUGACAUGGGUGCAGUGAGAUGGUUGAGCAUUGGAGCUUCCUCCAUGAUAAGGUGGUCCAGAAUCAGAGCUUCUCCAUUCAAGAGAAUUUUGGUGAUUAGGUUGUAGGUUGCCCUCCUUACUUUCAUUGCAAAGUGUAGCAUAGUGGCUAGUGUGUUUGCUUUCUUUGUAUCAUCCCAUUAGAUUGUUAGAUGUCCCAUGUAGUAGAGUGGCAGCUGCUCAAGUGCCAGAUAUGCUCUCUGCUUGUAAGAUUAUGAGGUGAAUAAUAAGCUCAGUGAAAGCACAUUAAUUAGAAAUA